AUGAAUAAUAGAAUGUCCAUGACGUGUUCGUCCAGCUCAUCCAGCAGCGGGUGCUCGUCCGCCGCCGUGCUUGCAGGAGCAGGACUCCUCCCGUUCAGGCUGCUGGCCGGCCCGAACGCUUGCCCGGCUCCAACACAACCUAUUGUUUACUACGCCCAAGUCCCUCAGCUCUACGGUAAGAAACAAAAAGGUCAAGAGAUAAAAAAUAAGCCCAAUCACUUUGUAAAAGCUUUCCAUUGGUACAAGCGAGAACAUUGCGCUAAUAAAAAAACAGCGGUUGAUAAAUUCGAUAUCGGGUUUGCAACAUGGCUUGAUCACAAAUAUGAACAGUAUCUUCGGGACAAGUCCAUGCUGGAUACCAACUUUAAAUCAGAAGCCAGCAACGUUCAAACCCCGACGGUUAACCAGGACGUAGGGUUUUAUAAAUCAGCCAAACCAAAGGGAUUAAGAAGAGUACUGAAAAGAUAUAAGGAAAGUUGGCACACCAUAUUGAGACCUAAAUCGCUGAGUCGCAUCGAGUCAUUGAGUUGCGCUCAGUAA